CAAUAAUGGACGGUCAUUCAAUAUGUGUUAUUAAGGUGCGACGUGAUGUUCUACUGCAGUUUGAGCACAUACAGGACAACACCAAGUUAGACGCCAAUGCUCAGAUGGAACUGUUUUUUGAGCUUUUCAAUUGUGUAACGGCAGUCCUGUCAUCAAAUACAAGUGAUGGUAUAUCUUUGACCAAUGUUUUGAAACAUCUUGUAAAUGAUUCACUGAAAGCUAUCCAGAACGAAGCAGCAGUUGGUGUACAUGGGAAAACCCCAGUAGAAUGUACACUGGCUGGUAUUCCAGAGCUAACAGGACCACCAUCUAGUAGCUGCCAAGACGAUGACGAUCCUAAAGUCGCAUCUGACUCUGAUAAUACUGACAAUGGUACAGAGAUGACAAUUACAAAUUCCCGUACCUCGCCUCUUGCGAGAAAAGUAAGAGGUUCCACAGUCACCAAAAGAGGCUGUUUGAAAACAUUAGGCACCAAGAGAAUUUCGUCAAGACAGAGGAAGUUUCAGGUUACGAAAGAUGCAAGAACGAAAAACAAGCCUAGAUCUGCAAGGACAUCUCUCAGCGUGAGAACAGUUCCCCCAGUUAGUAAAACGAGAGUGGGUGUAAAGGACGAACGUACUGUUUUGGAAAAAGUUGGUAAUGAUGGGGAAGAUGAUUCCACGGCAGAGGUGAGCAGUCACGAAAUGGACAGAGAAACAGAUGAUGACAAUAAUGCUGAUGAUACUGAUGACUAUUAUAACCCUGCUUCUGCUGGUGAACUGUAUCCAGGUAGUAAUAAUGGAGCUGCUGAUUCAGAAAAGAUUCCUCCCUGUGCUGUAACAAAUUACAAGUGUCAGCUCUGUGACAGAGGUUUCAAUUCCAAGACUCUUCUAUCUGUGCAUAUUGCUGGGAACCACAUUGAAGUGGACAAGUCGGAUAAAACUGAAUGCAAGUUAUGUUCAGUCACAUUCAGUUCUAGACAUAAACUGCAGAUGCACAGUAAGAAGCAUCACAAAGAAAUAACAGACUCAGAUGAAGGGCAGAAGAAGAAGAAAAUUACAUUUGAGUGCAACAUUUGCUCUAAAACGUUUACAUCUCAAGCUUGGUACACCACGCACAUGACAAAGAUACACAAAGAUGGCGGCAAAACAAAGAACCUCAAAGCCUUUAGCUGUCAGGAGUGUCCGCGAACAUUCAAGUCACACUCCGGCUUAUGGCUUCACGUGGACAAGUGCCAUUCUGGGAAAAGCUUUGUCUGUAACAUCUGCAACAAGGCUUUGUCGGAUGCUCCUACGUUGAAGAAACACAUGAUAUGCCAUGCGGACGUGAAACAGUUUACCUGUAACGAAUGUGGGAGACAGUUUUCCUUGAAGGCUUAUCUGAGAGAUCACAUGAGGACGCACACUGGCGAAAAACCUUACAAAUGCAACAUCUGCGGUCGAGAGUUUGCGCAGACCGGCUACCUGACAAUACACAAGCGACUGCAUUCCGGAGAGAAGCCGUACACCUGCGACGUAUGCGGGAAGCAGUGCUCCCAAGCUCAGCACCUCAAGCUGCACAAGCGAUCUCACACUGGGGAAAAACCUUACAAAUGCGACCUCUGCGAGAAGAGCUUUACGCAGGUGUCGAACCUGCACACGCACAGGCGGUCGCACACGGGCGAGAAACCCUUCAGCUGCGACGCGUGCGGGAAGCGGUUCGCGCAGUCCUCCCAGCUCCAGACACACGCGAGGACGCACACUGGCGUCAAGCCUUACAAGUGCGAGCAGUGCGGCAAGGAGUUCACGCAGAACGUCAAGCUCCGCGCUCACGUCCAGAGACAUCUGGGCGUCAAGGACCACCUGUGCUCCGCGUGCGGGAAAAGCUUCUUCUCCGUCCACGAUAUGCAGAAGCACAAGCGGACGCACAUGGUCGACAGGCCUCACAAGUGCGACGUGUGCGGGAAGGGCUUCAUAGAGGCAGGGUACCUCAGGGCUCACAGCAGGGUGCACACCGGGGAGAAACCCUACAUAUGCGACGUGUGCGGCAAAGGAUUCCGACUGAUGGCCAAGCUGAACAGACACAAACGCACGCACCGCGAAGCAGACGUGAGCCGCCAGACGACCUUCCAGCAGUCGCAGACGACCUUCCAGCAGUCACAUUCACAGACGCACUGUUACACUGCCGUGGUGGACGCGCCGGCUUCCGUAACGUUUCCAACGCCAUUUCCAUACAUGACGUCCGCUUGGGAUAGAGAUGUAUAUCCGCCAGCACCACCCCAGUUAUAAGUUUCCAUCGGAUCAAACUGCACUGCUGGCCUUGCCAUGAGUAGGACCCGAGGUAGACAUACCUCAACCUUCAAUGGAUAUAAGCAUGUGAAACAAGUUUCAAGUUAUAAGGAUAGGACAUAAGCCCGUACGAGACGGUGGUGUUUGUCAGGGGGUCAACUGUCCUCCAGUGUUGGAGCAAAUCUUCGGAUUCGGGUGAAAACGAUGGCGAUGGUGGGACAAAAAUUAACUGGCCUCAAACGUUUUCACCUUAUUACCAUCAUUCUGCUCUCAAUAAUUGUUGUAAUCCGUAUAUUAAAAUGUGUAAGAUUUGUUUGGAUCCCAAGCUGUUUAGUAGUAAUGAAUGCAUGUUAUAAAGAUUUGAGCACUUUUAUUUAAUUGGGGCAAAAAUCAGCCCCCUUCACCGACACACGCACGCACGCACGCACAUGCACACACACAUGUCCGUAAGCCUAUGACCGAUUAAGGCGGCGUUUCCAUGUGCUCAAUUCCAGUAGACUCAAACAUGAUUCUACUACUAGUAUAUGGUUAUAGUAAAGUUUUAGCUUUCUAUUGGUCUG